UAAUACUCUUUUGGUUUCUUGUGUCCAGAAAAAUAAAUAGUCUCAUCUUAUCCCGCGAAAAAAGAAAGGAAAUAGAUAGUAAUACCCUAACGGCGAGCGACGGAGAAUGUCUUAUGUACCUCCUCACCUGAGAAAUUCUGCUGCCGGAAAAACCACUACCACCCCUACUAUAAACAGUAUAGGCGCCGAUCACUUCUCUUCCAAACACACAUCCAGAAUUUCUUCUCUCGAAAAGUCUUCCAACGGUUACUCCAGUUCAGCUCGCCGGAGUUCCCUCAAUUACUCCUUGCCCAACACUUUUGCUGUCCCUGACCCCAUCUUUCCUCACUGGAAGCCUUCCGAACGUGUUCUUCGUCUUAAAUCCGAGCAGAUAGAAGAGAUUCGACUGCGGCUUAAUGUAGAUGUCAAUGUUUCUCCAGUCUCAUGUCCUGCACCCUCACCUAUUGAGUCAUUUCCUGAUAUGUGCUUGCAUGCAAGUAUAAUGAAGGAUAUUGAAAAGCAUGGCUACACUGCACCGACUUCUAUUCAGGCUCAAGCCAUGCCUGUUGCUCUUAGUGGCAGGGAUCUCUUGGGGUGUGCAGAAACUGGUAGUGGGAAGACUGCUGCAUUCAGCAUACCUAUGAUACAGCAUUGCCUAGCUCAACAACCUCUUCAACGUGGUGAUGGACCUUUGGCAUUAGUGUUGGCACCUACAAGAGAGCUUGCACAACAAAUAGAGAAAGAGGUUACGGCUUUCAGCAUGUCUUUGGAUUCCUUUAAGACCGCAAUUGUUGUAGGUGGGACAAACAUUAGUGAGCAGAGGUCUGAGCUUCGAGCAGGAGUACAUAUAGUUGUUGCUACUCCGGGAAGACUUAUAGAUCAUUUACAACAAGGAAAUACUUCCCUCGGUAGGAUUGCUUUUGUAGUUUUGGAUGAGGCUGAUAGAAUGCUUGACAUGGGGUUUGAACCUCAGAUAAGAGAGGUGAUGCGAAAUCUUCCGGUAAAACAUCAAACACUGCUCUUCAGUGCCACCAUGCCAGCAGAAAUUGAAGCAUUGGCACAGGAUUACUUGACUAAUCCUGUGCGAAUAAAAGUUGGAAAAGUAAGCAGCCCGACAGCAAAUGUUUCCCAAACUUUAGAGAAGGUACCCGAAAAUGAUAAGGUGCCCCAACAAUACAAUAACUUAGCAAUGAGAGAAGAAACAACCUCUCUACCACCAAGAGGUAGGGGUAAGGUCUGCGAACACUCUACCCUCCAGACCCUGUCUAUGGGAUUACACUGGAUUGAUCGCCUUCUGGAUUUGCUGGUUGAGGAGGCUGCUCAAGCUGAAAAAUCUGGCCAUCCUUUCCCUUUGACCAUUGUAUUUGUGGAACGGAAGACAAAAUGUGAUGAAGUAGCAGAAGCUUUAACGCAGCAGGGUUUGCUUGCAACUGCACUUCAUGGUGGUCGUAGCCAAAAUGAAAGAGAGGCUGCCCUUCGUGAUUUCAGACAUGGACCUAUCAAUAUCUUGGUUUCUACUGAUGUUGCGUCUAGGGGGUUGGAUGUCACUGGAGUUGCACAUGUAAUUAACCUAGAUCUUCCAAAGACCAUGGAAGAUUAUGUACACCGGAUUGGAAGGACUGGUCGUGCAGGGUCAACGGGCCGAGCUACUUCAUUCUACACUGAUCGUGAUAUGUAUCUUGUGGCUCAAAUAAGAAGAGCAAUAGCUGAUAUUGGUUCUGGCAAUGAUGUAACCAUUGCUAUGGGAAAGACUGCAAGAAGAAAGGAGAGAGAAGCUGCAGCUGCGGAAAAAGAAGCAAGGAGUGAAUUGUCUAAAUUCUCUUUAGUAGGGUCCACGGUAAAUGUGGAGGAUAAGUAUAGGCACAUGAUUGCCCCAUCGAUGAUUAAAAAGGAGGGAGCUGCAGAUGACGCUUGGGAUGACUGAUGUUUGUUGUAUGUGCCUCUACUCCGAUGGUAGUAGCGAUGCUCCAAUGUGUGUACAUUUGUUGUGCAAAAACAUCUUUAACAUGCAAGAAUGGAAAUCAGCAACAUAAGGAGCUGCUAGCCCUUGAAACCCUUUGUGUGUAGUAUUUAGUGUUUUACACGUUCUUUGGUUCUUAUCCAUGAAGGGUACAUUGAGCAGUUUUGCAGGCCGGGUAGGAAAUGUGCUAAAAAUGACUUGUCAAGUCUUAAUUCCAUUUGUCUAGAUUUUUGAUAAUACUUUACACGCACACUGUUUUAUUCUGCACAAGGCUGUAGUAGUGGGAUAUUCUCGAGUAUUUACAUCAACUUCUUUCUGCAUUUAGUGAUGCUUGACAAAAGAAAAUUAGAAAAAAAAGUAGUGAAGAAUCAUGAAAUUUGAUGAUAGUGGACAA